CUGGAUCAGUGUGUACUGCACUUCAGAGCUGUAUGACAAAUCCUACUUCUGCAGCAUGUACAGGAACAUACAGUGCUAGUACAUCCAUUCCAUCUGUAUUGGCGGCUAAAUGUGACAGUACAACAUGUACAGCAACAGCUACUGACGUCAAUACUCUGAAAAACUGUUUUACCAACCCUUCAUCAUCAGCAUGUACCGGAACCUACGGAAGUGCCGCCUCCUUACCUACUGUACUGGCUGGAAAAUGUGAAGGUUCUACAUGCUCUGCUCUAACUACAAUAAAUGCGGACAUUUUAACCAUCAAGAAAUGUUUUGAUAACCCCUCAGCUUCUGAUUGUACAGGGGCUUACAGUAGCACAACAUCUUUACCCAGUGUACUGGCAGGGAAGUGUGCGGGUACAACUUGUACAACACUAACUACAGAAAUGGCGACAGUUAAAAGUUGUCUCUCUAACCCAUCUGCGGCAGCCUGUACAGGAACAUACGGUGGUACAACAGCUCUGCCUGCCGUCAUUGCUGGAAAAUGUGAUGGUACAACAUGUACAACUUUAAAUUCAGAAGUUACAAUAAUAAAGAGUUGUUUAACAGAUCCAAAAGCUGCAGCUUGUACAGGUACAUAUAGUGCUAGUACAUCCAUUCCAUCUGUACUGGCGGCUAAAUGUGACAGUACAACAUGUGUAGCAACAACUACUGACGUCACUACUCUGAAGAACUGUUUCACAAAUCCUACAGCCGCAGCUUGUACAGGUACUUAUACUGGUUCUACAUCUCUACCCAGUGUACUGGCAGGGAAGUGCGAUGGUACAACAUGUACAACAUUAACUACAGAAUUGGCAACUGUAAAAAGUUGUCUCACAAACCCUUCUGAUGCUGCUUGCACAGGAACAUAUGGUGGUGCAACAGCUCUGCCUGCUGUACUGGCCGGAAAGUGUUCUGGUACAACUUGUACAACACUCAAUACUGAUGUUACUUCAAUAAAAAGCUGCUUUACAGAUCCUACAGCUGCAGCCUGUACAGGUACAUACAGUGCUAGUACCUCCUUGCCCUCUGUACUGGCUGGAAAAUGUAAUGGUGCAACAUGUACAACCCUUACAGGAGAAAUGGCAACAGUUAAAAGGUGUUUAACAAAUCCAGCUGAUGCAUCCUGUACAGGUACAUACAGUGGUAGUACAUCUUUGCCUACUGUACUAGCUGGUAAAUGUGACGGUACAACAUGUACAACUUUAAUAACUGAUGUAACUGCACUGAAGGCUUGUAUGUCUACUCCAACCAAUGCUGCAUGUACGGCUACCUAUGGUUCUGCAGGUACUAUUCCUACUGCACUGGCUGCUAAAUGUGAGUCAUCAACCUGUACAACACUUACAACCGACCUAACAACAGCCAAAGCAUGUCUAACUGACUACACAGCAGCAACAUGUACAGGAUCAUACGGAGCUGCUACAACAAUACCAACCAAGCUAAACCAGAUGGACAAGUGCAUGACAAGUAUAGAUGACGCUACAUGUACUGCUGGGUACGGUACAAGGGUCAACUCAGGAGGAACUGGUUUAGUGGCCUGGGCUCAACAAUUAAAGAAACCAAGUGUUGUACAGUGUGGAUUUGGAGUUAAAACUGGAGCAUUACCGUUUAUCAGGACAACUGAUACAGCUGAACCAAACAGUUGCAGUGUCUUCCCGAGUUAUUAUCGAGUUGUGUUUAAGUCUUGCGUUCAGUCCGAGCCAGAUAAUACAGAUAAAUAUCAUAUGCAGCCCGAUGCCGCGACGGAUUCACAGGAAGUGCAAAUAAAACAAGAUGGAUGGUAUCAGAUCGAAAUGUCCACAUUUAUGACGCUGAAAGCAGCUUCUCUUCGGGCCAAACUACAAAUUCUGAAGAUCUCGAGUAAAAACCCAACAGCUGCAUGUUCUGCAGCUGCUACUGCCUGCACGGAGCUACUCACACAAGAAGCUAAAAAUGAUGUGACUGGUACAUCUCUCGAUGCUCCAUUCAAUAGUGAAGGAGCAUUCCAAUUGUGCAGCGGAGAUAAAAUAAUUGCAAUAUUCAGCAAAAAUGGAGGAGCAACUGCUCAGACAGAAACUACUAUAUCAGAUACUGCUAAACUAGAUCAAACCAUUCUGACUGUCACUAAAAUCUGGUAUUCCUAGGUCCUAGAUUUUAGAUUCUAGAUUUUAGAUCCUAGAUCUUAGAUCCUAGAUCUUAGAUCCUAGAUCUUAGAUCCUAGAUCUUAGAUCCUACAUCCUAGAUCUGAGAUCCUGAACCUUAGAUCAUAGAUAUAUCCCAAAAUUCUUUUAUUGUUUAAUCUGUUAUUUGUAAACUUGAAUCUCGAUGUCUUGCUAAAGUUAAAGAUGGCAGCUAAAACAGGAAAGGACGAACAUUUUAAAAUUAAAUGUCGUUUUCAACGCUAAUAGAGCAACCUCCUGGUUAUGAAACAAUUCUCAAUUUAUGUAAUUUUGAUUUCAGAAUUUCUUAAUUUGAUUUAGCCACUUUCAUUAUUUUCUAAAAUCGUUAUUUUGAGAGGUAUCUUCUGUAUAUUAAAUGAUAAUAGUCUGACAAAGUGAAAAAAAAUACUUCCAAUAUUUUUUAAAGAAUCAGUAUUAAAAAUUAGGGUUAAAAAAUUUAUCAUUAAAUUGUGUACCUUAAUUAGUUACAACCCAUUCAGAGUUUAAUAUUUAAGAUAUCAUGUUUUUUUAACGUUUUGCAUAAAUUUAAUAUCUUAAUUUAAUGGUAUUAAUUUAUUCUAACUGCCAUAUUUGUUUUUACCCGGUGUUGGUGCUUUGUAAUAUAUUUGCUUUUUAAUAUUUGUAUUUUUUUAAUUUGGAGGUGUGUACAUUGCAGAACUGAAGAACAACAAGUUAGAUAUCCCCCCUCCUCUCUUUUAACAUGGGUUAUAUAUCUCCCCUCCUCUCUUUUAACAUGGGUUAGAUAUCUCCCCUCCUCUCUUUUAACAUGGGUUAGAUAUCUCCCCUCCUCUCUUUUAACAUAGGGUUUGGGAAAAGGAAAUAUAAUUUAUAUUGAUCUCUGUACACACCCAAUUGUUUAUUUACUCUUUUAUUUUGAAAUUAUAUUUAUAACUUAAAAUUGAAUAAAAAUAUCAAUUUAAUAAACUUAACAUUUUUUGUACAACUGCAACUUGGAAACACAACGUUACCCUAAAAAGCUUUGUUUGAUAGAGAUGCAUGAGCUGUCCAGGUUUCUAUUUUUUAAUUAUGAAUUUUUUUCCACUGUGGUUUCUCUUUAAAAUUAUUUUGCAGAUGUCAACGUACAGAAACAAUAGAGUUUAUUGUCAACGAAUUUUGUGCAACUUCCUGAAUGUAAUAAAUAAACAAUUUAUAAACAAAUAAAUAAACAGCUGAAAAAU